CACUUCAUGGACGUCCUCUUCACUAUCAACCACCCGCGUAAGUUUGAAACGGUUUGUUUUGGAGAACCUGGUAGAAAUGGCGGCGAGAGAAAAGUCCUUAAAACACCGACAGAAAGUUGUCAACACCACGUUUGAGUCCAGCAUAGACUCUACCGCCGUCGAAGAAAAGUUGUUCGGCCAUGCAGAGGUGGACGAGGACGGCGACGACGGACCUGUGGUCUUCAUCUGCGGGAAGUGCAAGUUGCCUGUUGGGGAUUCAAUGUCCUGGGAUGGAAGUGAGGAUGGACAGAACCAAAUAAGACUGAAGCGUGUCACUGACAACGUCGUGGUUGGAGAAGACACCCGCCUGCACGAAGCGAGCAAACGAUCUCUCUGUCUGAUCGUGGAUCUGUUCUGUCGAGGCUGCCACACUGUGCUCGGCAUGGUUUACACAUCUACACCUAAGAACCUGGACCACAAGAGAUUUGCAUUCUAUUUCAGCGUAGCAGACAUUGACAGCUAUGUGCUUGGCUCUGCAAGCCAGAUGUUGGCAGCAGAGGGCCCCAAAGAGCAGCCAGUCACACUGGAGUACAGAGGCAUUGUUGAACAACAGCUGACAGAGAUGAAAAUGCUGGUCAUGUCUAUGGCACAGAGGCUGGAGGAGAUCGACACUGGCCUUCAGGAUGAAAGCGAUGUGGCGUGACAGUGAUGAACGUCAACUUUUCUGGGGUGGGUGCUUUGUCCAGGUGUGACUUCUGGCCCCUACCGUUACAUUAAUGCAUCCUCUCCUCCAUCUCAACCACAUUCCCUCAGUAACAGGUUUUGUACUAGCCUCACCUUGUACACACACACAGCUUCCACUCCGCUUUGUCCUGAUUACCAGUGGUGAAACAAAGACUGCCUGCACAUGUAAUCAAUCAUGUUGUCAGCUCGGCUCCCGUGGCUCAUGGCACCAUCUUCUCUCUGUGUCUCAGUGCAGUGUGAAUGUACGCUGUGAGCAGAAUGUUUAUUUGUGCAGGAUUUCAUCAGGCAGGCUGCACACUCAGCACAACGCCGUAUUGAUCUGGCCACUCGAGGCCACACACACUCUUUCUCUUUGUUCUGUUUCUCAAGCCUGGAGCCUUAAAGGGUUUCUGUUUAUUUGCUUUUCAUCACCUUGUUGUGGCCAGAAGUGAACAGCAUUUGAUGAAUUUGUUUUAAAAAAGACACACAGUCUUUAAUACUGGCUGCAUCUCAGUUAGGCACAUUGCUGGCUAUUUUUUCCACACAGACAUUAUAUAAAGACAUUUUUUUGUCUCCAAAAUGAAAAGCGGUUUGCAUCCAUCUAUCAUUACAUUGACUCAUAAUAGGUUUGUUUUAUUUUCAUUUGUUUGUACAAGCUUGUUUUGUUUUAAGUGUUUUUGUGUAAUAAACUAUUCAACUGUU